AUGGGAAAGGUUCACGGAUCAUUGGCUCGUGCCGGAAAGGUCAAGUCUCAGACUCCCAAGGUGGAGAAGCAGGAGAAGCCCAAGCAGCCCAAGGGUCGUGCUAACAAGCGAAACUUGUACAACCGGUGAGUGCUCACAUCUGAGCUGUCAAGUUCGGGCAGGUCUGAGAUGCGAUGAUGCUGCAGAUGAGCGCUUGUCGUGGAGACCAGCAUGACGAGGGAGCAACGAGUCGUAACCGCUCCGAUCACUCACGAGAUCAUCCUUCAUACCGCACUACAGCCGAUUCGUCAACGUCGUCGUUGGACCCGGUGGCAAGCGUCGUGCCAACGCUCAAGGCGUGAGUUUGGGCCCUCACUUUUGAACAAAGAUUGUCGCUGAUGGUUUUGCCUUUCUUGCCACAGCAAUAA